CACCUGCCGGGACACAGGGUGCAGGGCUGAAGCCGCUGCAUUCAGACUGCCAGGUGGGCAGGGUCGGAUCUGGAAGCAGCCCCUCUCUGGGAGAUCCGGGAGACACGCUAAGAAAACCAUCGGGCUGCGGAGGCUGGAGGAGGUCACCAGAAGCUCCGGUGGGCAGGACACACCCGGGACAACUCCAGCUGGGAGUGACAGGACGGCGGCCCCUCACUGCCCGCGUGUGGCUGGAUCCAGGCAGGAGAAUGAAAGGUCUUCGCUGGCGUUACACCCGGCUGCCCAGCCAGGUGGAGGACACUCCGUCUGGAGAGGGGGGUGAGGAACAGGAAGAGGAAGAGGAAGAGGAGAAGGAGGCAGCCCCAGCCCCAGCUCCGGAGGACCCUGUGGAGCCCCAGCUGACAGAAGCCAGCCAGGUCCUGGGAGCCUCCCAGAUGAGGCAGCUCAGCCUCCACCUCCCCCCGAGCGUCACCGGACACACCUGGAGUCUGGCCUUCUGCACAGCAAGGGACGGUUUCAGUCUGCGGAGCCUGUACAGGCAGAUGGAGGGCCACAGUGGGCCGGUGCUGCUGGUGCUGAAGGACCAGGACGGGCAGAUGUUUGGGGCCUUCUCCUCCUCAGCGUUUCAACUCAGCAAAGGCUUCUACGGUACUGGCGAGACGUUCCUCUUCUCCUUCUCCUCACAGCUGAAGGUCUUUAAGUGGACGGGAAGCAACUCCUUCUUUGUGAAAGGAGACGUGGACUCACUGAUGAUGGGCAGUGGCAGUGGCGAGUUUGGGCUGUGGCUGGACGGAGACCUGUAUCACGGGGAAAGCCACCCCUGCGCGACCUUCAACAACGAGGUGCUGGCCCGGCGGGAGCAGUUCUGCAUCCAGGAACUGGAGGCCUGGGUUCUGAGCUGAGGGCGCCGUGGCGGGCAGCUUCCAGAGGCAGCAGGCGCUCCGACCUGCUCACGGAUGCCGCCUAGGCCUCCCACACAGGGCAGCCCCCUGCAUCCCAAACACAGAUGGCGAGGGGUCCCAGUGGCUGACUGUGACUGCGGGCCAGCCCCCAGUGGCCUGGGGACAGGCACGGGGCAGGAGCUGCUCUCCUGGAGAGGAGACUAAAGGAGGGAACAGUGUUUACUCACCUGAGCAGUGCGGAGUUCCUCGGAAUUCUCUUCUAAAAAAUUAUGCAACUGAUACUUGUUCAGUGUAGAAAACAAGAGAAUACAUUAAAAAAAUUAAAGUUGCCUAAAAUUUAACCACCCUGCAAGACACUAACAUUUUCAUGUAUAUCCUUCCAGACAACCUUCCAUAGAUAGAUGCAUAUCUUACAAAAAUGGAAUUCUACUGUGUAUGUUUGCGAAAUUAUUUUUAACUGAAAGACUCUGGUCAAGCCGCGGACACCUGGGCUCAACCAGUGACACGAAUAAAGACUCCAGUUGUGUCAUUCUU